CCUGAAGGAAUGAUGAAAACGAUUUUAGAAGCAUGGAAUAAAGUUGUUAUGUUUACAGACAAUUUACACUCGGCUGUGGACAAAACUAGUCACAGACUAAACGGAUUUUGGAACGAGCUAAUCGAAAAACUAAGAGAAGAAGAUAACGUUCAUCUGAGGUACGCCACCGUUGUGACUGGCGGCAUUGUUGGUGGAAUAUUAGCAAGGCGCGGAGGAAAGUUCAAAAAAACCCUUUACGGCUCCUUAGGUGCUUUGUCUGCAUCUGCCGUGUGUUAUCCAGAAAAAGCUAAAACUACUUUCAAAUUUGUCAGACACAAUGUCAUUGUGGCUUACCAUCUAAUUAACGGGUAUAGUUUAGAUGAAUACUAUGAAAAGAAAAGAAUGAAAGAAAUGGGUAUCGAUUAUGAUGAUAUGGCAAUUACAGAUGUAGAGCUCAAUAAUCUAGCUCAAAAACUAAAUAAAGACUCAUACUUCGAAGAAUGCAUUAAUUCGGUUGCCAGCAAAGAAGUAUUAAACAAAAGAAAAAAUAUAGGAAUUAUAUACGAGAAGAAAACUGUGUCACGAGAUGCCAAAAACCAAUAGAAACACAAUCAAAUACAAGUAUAUCAAAUUUAAGUAUACUAAC